GCGGGGUCAGGUCGGCUGAGUGACAGGAGGGGCGGGGCCUGGCCGGGCGCGUGACCGGCAUCGCCGUCACGUGACGCGAUCGGUCGGGUUUCCAAGAUGGCGGUGUGCGUAGCGGUGAUCGCCAAGGAGAAUUACCCUCUUUACAUCCGCAGCGUCCCCGCGGAGAACGAGCUCAAGUUCCACUACAUGGUGCACACAUCGCUGGAUGUGGUGGACGAGAAGAUCUCUGCGAUGGGGAAGGCGCUGGUGGACCAGAGGGAGCUCUACCUGGGCCUGCUCUACCCCACAGAGGACUACAAGCUGCGCAGAUACGGCUACGUGACCAACUCCAAGGUGAAAUUUGUCAUGGUGGUGGAUUCCUCCAACACGGCGCUCAGAGACAACGAGAUCCGCAGCAUGUUCCGGAAGCUGCACAACUCCUACACAGACGUGAUGUGCAACCCCUUCUAUAAUCCGGGGGACCGCAUCCAGUCCAGCCUUCAGAUAAACACAGACCUGACGUCAGCGUGUCACAGAGGUGCUUCCCAAAGAAGCUUCCACGUGCGCGUGUUCCAAACCUGCUCCUGGGAGCUCCCUGUGUCCCCACACACAGCUCCCGAGGGGCUCCUUGUAGCCGGGCCUUCGAUGGCAUGGUGACGUCCAUGAUGAUACAGGUCUGUUGAGGAGCGCUCUGCGGCCGUGGCUGGAAGGAAGCGUCCUGUACGCACCUGCGUUGUUCCCAUGUGUGUUUAUGUCCACCUGCCUCCUCCUGGGUGUCACGGACGUGCCGCUGGGGGCAGGGCCUCGUGCACGGUGCAUGUUGACUAAAGGUCUUGUGAGAUCA